CACAGCAUACCACAGGAGCUUUCCUGCACUUCUGCUGCCUGCCUGCUGCAAAACAAGAGUUGUCAUGGCACCGUUUGGUGCCAUUCCCCCCCAUUCUUCCCGACCGGAUGGUUUGUUCCUCCUGCUGUUUACCUUGUGCGUGCUCUGCGGAGAAGAGUCUCACGCAGGGAGAAUCCUGGUGUACCCAGUGGACGGAAGCCAUUGGCUCAAUAUGAACGUGCUCCUGCGGGAGCUGCACCAGCGGGGACAUGCCCUGACCGUCAUCCGCUCCUCCACCAGCUGGUACAUCCCCCAAAAUGCCCCCCACUUCUCCUCCAUCACCGUAUCCCUCAUCCAUGCAAGCAGGGUGGAGGACCCAGGGUACAUGGCCGGCUUCCUGCAAAGGAACCUGGACCUGCGGGAGGGGUCCGUGUGGGCUUUCAUCGUCCUGCACUGGGAGGUUCUGACCAUGCUCUCAGAGGCCCACCAGUCCAGCGCCGAGAUGGUGCGGCUCAUUCUGGAGAACGCCACCCUGGUGGAGGAACUGAGAGACACACGUUUUGACCUCAUGCUCACCGACCCUGGGUUUGCAGGCGGGGCAGUGCUGGGACGUUACCUGGGGCUGCCCAUGGUGUUUAACGUCCGCUGGAUCACCAACGCCGAUGGACACUUCGCCAUCGCACCCUCGCCCCUCUCCUAUGUCCCCACCAUCGGUUCCUUCGUCUCCGACCGCAUGACCUUUGCCAACAGACUCAAAAACCUGCUGCAUUAUGGGAUUGGGGUUUACCUCGACCUUGUGCUCACCAGACCGCUCUACCAAGGUGUGUGUGAGGAGUUCCUGGGCCCCGACACCAACGUGUACCAGAUUAUCCAGGGAGCCGACCUGUGGCUGAUGAGGGUGGAUUUCGUCUUUGAGUUCCCACGCCCCACAAUGCCCAACGUAGUGUACAUGGGUGGGUUCCAGUGCCGCCCCGCCCAGCCCCUUCCCCCCGAACUGGAGGAGUUUGUGCAGAGCUCCGGGGAGCACGGGGUGGUACUCAUGUCCCUGGGUACUCUGCUCGGAGGCCUUCAGCCCCAGAUUUCGGAAGUAAUCGCCUCAGCCUUUGCCCGCCUGCCUCAGAAGGUAUUGUGGAGGCACCUGGGGGCGAAGCCCUCCACCCUGGGAAACAACACCCUGCUGGUGGACUGGCUUCCCCAAAACGACCUGCUUGGUCACCCCAAGACCCGUGCCUUUGUCACACACGGAGGCACAAACGGGAUCUACGAGGCCAUCUAUCAUGGUGUGCCAGUGCUGGGCCUCCCGCUCAUCUUCGAUCAGAUGGACAACAUGGUGCGCAUGGAGGCACGGGGUGCGGGAAUCACCCUGGACGUGACGUUGCUAGAGGUGGACUCUCUGACCCAGGCUCUGCGUGACGUCCUGGACGAGCAGAAGCCCUACAGGGAGAACAUGCGCAGGAUGUCCCGGCUGCACCGUGACCGGCCAAUCGAACCCCUGGACAGCGGCCUCUUCUGGAUAGAAUAUGUCAUGAGGCAUGGGGGAGCUGCGCACCUGCGCACCGAGUCUUACAGGAUGCCGUGGUAUGCCUACCACAACCUGGACGUGCUGGCCUUGCUGCUGGGCUCAGCCAUGGCUCUCCUACUGCUCAUCAGUGUCACCUGCAGGUGUCUGUUUCAGAGGCUCUGCAGGGUCAGGAAAGUCAAACAGCAGUGAAUACAACAGUGUGACAUUGCUGAAUGGAGAGUGGAGUGGGAUAAGUUAUACUCAUUUCCCCAAAACAAGAGGGAUAAUCUCAAAAAUUGUGUGACUUCAUGGUCUGAGGUCAUCUUCCUGUUUUCUAAUUUUUCACCUUUAAAACUUUUUUUUUUUAAGUUCAAAUGAAAAAUGUUAUUUAUAUCAUUUAUAGAAGUGAGAAAAAAGUGUCUUUUGUUACUAGCUGCAGUCCUAUGUUAAACUGACCUUGAGAUCUAGCCACAUGCGACAACUUUUUUCCAUUAUAAAGUGACAAUAUAUAUAAGUAAUCAGCACAUACGUUUCUUGUAAUAGUACUAAUAUUAUUGUAAAUUAAUUAUUAUAUAUACAUAUAGUAUAGAGCAGCAGACCUGUACUACACAAGACAAGCUUUUAGCUGAGUCUGGGUUUAGUUGUUGGUCAAGGAGAUUAUUAACUGGGGGUCAAAGGGGAUGUUCUGGCAUUCUUUGUCAGAGAGAUUACUCACGGUCACAAACUUUUGCCGAGAGAGAGAGAGAGAUUUUCACAAUCCUGGCAACUACACUACAAUUUCUGUACCGAUGCUUACUUCUGAAUAAAGUUACAGCUUCAUCAUUUGUUAAUAACAUUUUUCUAAUUCUGAUAUUUCUACCAGUGCUUACUGAUAACUUUUUAAGUCAUACGUUCAAAACUGAAACGUACUUAUCAAUACCUAACAUUAAUUUUUGUACCGACGCUAGCAUACCAAUAACUAACGUAAACCUUACAGCUUUAUUGUAUCAAUAAUAUUUGCAUGAGUUUCUCAUUCUCAUUAAACAGCAUUAAACAGUCCCCUCAAAAAGUAUUUGAACAGCAAGGCCAAUUCCUUUGUUUUUGCCAUACACUGAAUACAUCGGAGGAUGAGAUAAAAAGAUGAACACAAGACAAGAGUUCAGAAUUUCAGAUUUUAUGUCCAGGUAUUUACAUCUAGAUGUAUUAAACCACAGCACCUUUGCUAUCAGACCACCCAAUUUUUAGGUGAGCAAAAUUAUUAGAACAGAGAGUAUUUAAGUAAUCUAAUCUUGCCUUUCCGAUUCAUACUACUGAUGAGUGGUUUGCAUCUUGUGGUAUUGCCUCUAUAUUGCUGCUGUCUAAGUCUUCUUCGAACGAUUGAUUGAGAUACCUUCACCCCUGCCCUGUGAACCCCUGAUUUUUGGGGGUUUUCUUCACAACUCUCACAAUGUUUUUCAUCAACUGCUGUUGUUUUCCUUGGUCAACCUG